CUGCGCUGAAAUUGCGGUUUGGCGCUACCUGGCGGCUGUGAAAGGAAAUAUAUACCUAGGGAGAUUUUCGUCUUUUUUAACAUAUAAUCUCAAUUGAUAAUAAUUUACGGCAUAGCAGCCGCAUGCCGCAUGACAUGAUGGACUCCCAGAAGUUUUGCCUCAAGUGGGAUGGGUUCCAGAGCAGCGUCACCUCCGUGUUUGACCACCUCCGGCGGGACGGUGAGCUGGUGGACAUCACACUCUGCUGCGAGGGACAGCGUGUGAAGGCACACAGGAUGAUGCUGUCGGCCUGCAGCCCUUACUUCAGGGAUCUGCUCAAGAAUAACUCAUGCCAGCAGAUGGUCAUCUUUCUGAAGGACACCAGUGCCCAGGAUCUGUCCGCCAUCAUUGAGUUCAUGUACAAGGGCAGUGUGAACUGUCACAGACGCAGCUGGGCAGCUUCCUGAAGACGGCCGAGAUGCUGCAGAUCAGGGGCUCAGCGGGGAGGAUGAGAAGGUAAGAGUCAAACGUAGACCUCUAUGUUUAUGGGUUCUUUAAGUCUUAUAUCAUGCAGUGCUCUAUGGAUGAUAUAAAAUGUGUGGAUUGGAAGGGAAAGAGCAAUGGGAAAUCAUACAUGUGCAGAAAAAUGUGAAUUUGACACACUGAGAUCUGGCUUGGGUUUGUAGUGAUGUAUGCAAAGUUGUGUAAUGAGCUUCAAUUUCCAUCAGCCACAUAUCAUGUUUUGCCAAGCAACAUACCUAACCUUUCAGUUCUUGUCAAGUCCACAAACGACAAAACAGUGCAAUUCAAACUUUACAUCUAUUUCGCAGACGUUUCAACGACAUUAUGGAAUGUCUUCUUACCAACUUUCAGUUCUUCUCAAU